AUGGAGAGAGGUCCAGAGGCAAGUGACGUCAUAUCAAAUGAUAGGACACUCCAGUUUGAUGAUGAAAAUUUAAGAGGUGAGGCAAAAGUCAGAAAACGUGAUUAUAAAAUACAAUAAUGUCCACUGGUAGAGUGACAUUAGAGCAUUCAUUCAGGGUUAAUCUUUAGAUGAGAAUACUCAAGAUUGAAGGAGAACAUCUAACAGCAAAUAUUAGACAAAUUUUAUUUUAAAAAUUAAAAGAAUCACUAUAAGAAUUAUAAGUUGCUUAAUUACAGCAAUUGCAGAGGUUUACAAAAAUGAAGGUAAUGAUGAGUACAACAAGGGGAGUUUCAGCAACGCCAUUGACUACUACACAGACGGAAUUAAAGUGAACUGUAAGGAUAAAGAACUGAAUGCAAAACUACAUAGCAACAGGGCGGCAGCACAUUUAUAUUUGGGUAAGAUGGUGCAGUUGGUUGUUUUAAAUGUUUUACUAUUUCUUCUUGAAAUUAUUUUAGUGGUGAAGCUUAGUUUUGCUAAAGGACUAUCGGGCGAGCAAAAGCGCCCUCAGUUGUAUUUUCGGAGAGGGUGGUCAGCGGCACGUUAUUAACCGUAUAGCGAUGUUUUUGUAAAAUUUGUCCAUAUUCUUGGGAUGCCUUUUGUUGUACCCACUUAUAUGAAUGAUAUGUGAGCCGUAAAGGUCCUGGUGUUGAGUUUAAGGUCCAUCUGAUGUCCCUGUGGUAGUCGCUUAAAUUUCCAACCUCGUUCCCAGGGGCGCUCCCUAGGGACAUGUAGGAGGGAACCCUGGGAUGAGAUUGGUAAAUUUCCUAGGCAAAUAGAAUGAUGAUAACAUACGUCCGUAAUUCAGGUACGUCAGCAUGCGCAACUUUUCGAUUCGCCUUGCCCUCCGGAAAUCUAUCUACCAAUUAAAAAGCGAAAUGAAAGUAGAGCCUGAUCCCAGCUUAGUGCGGGACGAAUUUUCAGUAAUAAAAUAUUUGAUUGCAAAGUCCCUAAAUUCACAUAAGUCAGUUGUCUUGCUAGUUUGCCAUUCAUUUAGAUCUUUUUUGGAAACAAAGAGUUGUCACGAGAACCUGAGAUCAAUAAAACUCGUGCUAUCUAUUUCUUAGAUUGAUAAGCCUUUUAGUUUCAGUUCAAAGCGCGGGCUAAAUGUACAUAAUCUUGUUUUGGAACGAGAAAGAUAUAAUCUACGUGCAUGCUCUGUUCGAGCUGGAUGCAAAGAGCGGAUAAGAAUAGAAUAUUUUUCAAGAUUACGAGGAAAGCGCGCGGCCCACCCAACAUACCCUGAAAUCUGUCGAUGACAUUCUUCAAGACUGCAACGCAUCAAAGACUGGAAAGUUGAAGUUAUUGGCGAUGUCCUUAACUAGAGACUUAGCAUACUUGGCGAGCUCACUACAAGAGUUCACAUGUGUGUCUUGCUUAAAGUACAAGGCGAUGGAAUAGCUAAGGAAAUCGACAAAACGAGUGAUCUCAAAAGAGAAAAACAUCGAAUUUGUGGUAAGAUCUGGCAGCUCAAGCUGCGGCAACAAGUGUCAGUUCGUCGAAAAAAUCGAGUAGAUCUAGAAACAAAUCACUCAAACCGUGAAACUGCCGUAAUCGGCGAUCAAUAAACUUGGACUAAGUGAGUUUGAGGAAAAGAGCCUUUUUUAAAAUCACUUUUGCAUACCAACGACCUUAACAGGGAUUGAAUAACCGAGUGAAAAUAAGGCUUUCGUGCAGUCAUGACCGUUGAGCGUUGACACGUGCGUAUCUAAGCAGAGCAACAAAUUCAUUGUUGAUACUGGCAAUAAAAGGGCUGUCUUAUAUUCACGCACAAAUAUCCAUUUCUAGCCAAAAGGGACGCUUCUCUUAUCCCUCCCCUUCAGACGUUUUGACCAGGAUUGUACUUAGUUCAUGCUGCUGAUCUGUCAAGCACGAUACUAGGCUUAUCGGCUGCUUCUAGCCUCUGUCUUUGUUUGUUACAAAUGUUUCCUAUGCAUUAAAUCUUUCGAAGGGAAUUACACUGAAGCACUGAAUGAUGCAAAAAUUGCCGUCUCCUUACAACCAUCCUUUUUGAAAGCUUUUGGGCGAGGUAAGUCAAUUGUAGAUCCAUUGCAUAUAUUUCUUUCCUUACAUGAUAAUUGCUCAAUGCGAAGAUCAUAUUCACUUAAACAUCUUUAUCCGCAACUCCCAAGUAUACAGCUAUUUCGAGAAAGGUUGUCGGAUAAAGUGCACGCGAAAACCCCGAAAGGUAUUGUGGGUGGCUUUGAGUGCACUGUUUUUCAAAGAAAUUUGAAAGAAUGACAGGAGAGGCCAUGGACGUAUGUCUGCGAGUGCUAAAGGAAAGCAACAAAAGUAGGUUCGACAGCUACAGUGUCAGGAACAGUGUAUAGAACAUAUCCCAUAUUACCUUUCGGGAUUGUCGCGUGCACAUUUUUUCCGACAACCUUUCUCGAAAUAGCUGUAAAUUAUUUCAUAUGUUCAAAGUCAUUUUCAUUUCCACGAUUGGGUAUAUCAAGAAAUCUAAACUGGCCUUCUCUUCAGUUGGCUUGAUUAGCUCAAUAACAGUAGCGUUGCGUCCGGUCAUCGCAAAGGAUUCUAUUCCCAGUCAAGCCUGAAUUUUUUCAGUUUUUUGGACCGCUUAGGUUGUUCAUUCAACUGCGAUAGUCAUAUUGAAAUUCAUAUAUUUAGUUACACUUCCCUUCAUUGCAGCUCAGGUGUACAUUUUUCCUUUGCAGGAGCAAGUGCUUGCGUUCAGUUGAAUAAGUUUAACGAAGCCAUCACGUGGUGUGAUAAAGGAUUAGCAGUAUCCUUUACUAGAGAAAGCUAAUAUUGAAAUUUCCAAUUAGAGAUAAAGUUAUUUUCCCUACAAACAUUCUUCAUUAUUUUUUCCCUAAACUUUAGAAGUGUCUCUUAUGUAGAACCACAUGCAAGUCUAAAAAUAUUGAUCGUUUGCCUGUGAGUACAGAAGUUCUCUCUUUGUGGUGUGAGGCCGGCUCAAGCAAGAGAAUGUACGGUAUACUCCUUUUCAAAUCAACAUUUAUAAUUGAUCAUUAGUAGGUCUUUGCUUUUCGUGUCAGUAAGUGCUUAUGACAAUUUAUUUCAAAGUAUAGUAGCUUUGUAGUUUGCCAGCAUAUUUAAUGUGAAUUAUUGAAAAAAUUUAACUAAUACUGAGAUCGACCCGAAUAACGACCGGUUGUUGGAAUUAAGAAACAGAGCUGAGAGAGAUCAGAAGAAUAUGGAAGAUAAUCAAGAAGAAGAGGUAAGGAUUUAACUACGCAAGGUCUCCCUUCUUUAUGCGCUUCGUUGGAGGGAUUAAGGGGGGUUUUCUAAGAGACCCCCCCCGCCCCACCUCCUGUGCAAAGGAUUGCAGGAAGAGGUACUUUUUAGUCAGGACAUUUUAUGGCCAAAAAAAGGUCAACCUGUUACUAAUUACAAUAGCAGUGUUUUAAAACGGAUACGGGUUUAGGAAAAUGUUUUCUAUAACAUAUCAACUUAACUGCAAUGACGUACGCUCAACAGAAUACCUACAUUACGUGUGGUUUUUUGUCCGUGGAUAUAAUGAUUUCCUGCUUCGUUUUGACGGGUAGGUCCAGCUCCAGGUGUUAUUUGGAGAAUACGAUGACUUGCAGCAAUGCUUAAAAAAUAGAGAUCUUCCGAAGCCAGUUUGCAAAAUCAACUAAAAUGUCAUUUUUUUCUUUCAACUAACUCCGCAAUUGCUAAUUUCUGGUGCGAAUUUAAAGCCUGUGUACCACGCUACAAGAGCUGAGAUCUGCCAAAGACAUCACCAUCUGGUCAAAUAAACGGAGCAGGGUGAUUGGUGGAACAUUCUGUCGAGAAAAUUCGCAAGAAAAUGAAGCUGCGCUAUGAUUGGUUGAAUCUUGGGAAAGGAAUGUACGUCGGUUUGAAGCAGCCGCGUCGGGGCGGGGAGCAAAGGAGACUACAUAGCUCGCACAAGGUCUACAAAGAAAGACACUUUUAUCGUAUGAUAACCGGAAAGGUGCUUCGUCAAUGGCCAAAAAAAAAUUAAAAAUACACCUAAAUUACUAAAAGAAAGGAGAAAAAUACGAACAUAAAACACCUUAUAAGACACGUCAAAUCUUAAACAGAGGCCAGAAAGAAAUGCAAAAAACCCUACUCGAGGCCACCAAAAAACUUCUAAGAUAGACUGGUGUGGCGAAAAUUGGGGGUAAGUUAGCCAAUAAACUCAUUUAAGUCCGUCUCUUGCAGCUGCUCAGUGAAUAUUUGGCGGGAAAAAGUAAAAAUAAUUUGAAAAGACAUGGUAAACAAGGAUGUUGGAGCAUUUUCUUGGGCUACCCUUUAGUGAAAUCAAGUCAUAUGCCGCUACACUAAGUAAAAAGGCAUGAGCUCUUUCUUAAAUCCUAAGUACUUUCGCCAGAAUUAUCAUUGAAAGGAGAUCUGAAGUAUAAUUUUUGCUUGUAGUUAAAUUAUUACUUUGGAGGAAUGGGAAAUCCUUGAUCACUCAGGCCCGCCUUUCUUUGUAUAUAUAUAUAUUAUAUGAUUAUUCCCGGAAGAAACUUUUAAAAAUUGAAAAUCAAGCAACCGUCAUUUAACAUACGAUUCCAUAUAUUAUUUCUCAGAAAACUUGCACGAAACCGACACACACAGCUGGCGCCGACAUUAGCACCCGUAAUAGAAUUGACAACUUAGAGGACAGAUUGGGAGACGGAAAAGCACAUGGCAACUCUGAAAGAGCUCAUGAUAGUUCACGCUUAGACUACCUUAAACGGCGAAUAGAAAUUUUGAAAGAAGAUAUUUGUAACAGAUCGCCAGAAGAAAGAGAGAAGGCCAUCUAUCAGAAUAUUCCAGAUUAUGAAAAAGCCCUAGAAGGACUGGCGUAUUGCAGUCUUGGCGACACCCAUCAAAGUCUGGGAGAUUUCAAGAUAGCUAUAGACUACCACGAAUGUCACCUGAAAAUUGCAAAAGAACUGGGAGACAAGAUGGGAGAAGGAGUGGCGUAUAGCCAUCUCGGCAUUGCCCAUCUUUGCCUGGGAGAUUUUAAGACAGCGGUAUACUUCCAUGAACGUCACUUGAAAAUUGCAAAAGAACUGGGUGACAGAACGCAAGAAGGAAAUGCUUACGGCAAUCUAGGCAACGCUCAUCGCAGGCUGUGCGAUUUUAAAACAGCCAUAGACUACCAUGAACGUCACUUGAAAAUUUCUAAAGAACUGGGUGACAUAUCUGGAGAAGGUAGAGCGUUUGGCAAUCUUGGCAACGCCCACCGCUGUUUGGGAGAUUUUAAAACAGCUAUAGACUACCAUGAACGCAACCUGAAGAUCGCGAAAGAUUUGGGCUACCGAUCAGAAGAAGGAGUGGUGUAUGGCAAUCUUGGCGUCGACUAUCAAAUGUUAGGAGAUUUUAGAACAGCCAUAAACUAUCUUAACUGUCGCCUGAAAAUUGCGAAAGAAGUGGGUGACAGAUCGGGAGAAGGAAAAGCGUAUUGUAAUCUUGGCUGCGCCCAUUCAAGACUGGAAGAGUUUGAAACAGCUAUACCCUACUUUGCGCAUUACCUAAAAAUUGUGAAAGAACUGGGUGAAAAAUCGGGAGAAGGUUCGGCUUAUGGCAAUCUUGGCUGCACCCAUUGCAUUCUGGGAGAUUUUAAAACAGCCAUAGACUAUCAUAAAAGGCAACUGAAAAUUUCAAAAGAAUUGGGUGAAAGAGAGGAAGAAGCAAAGGCGUAUUGUGGUCUUGGCAACGCCUAUUGCGAACUCAGAGAUCUUGAAACAGCCAUAUCCUACCAUGAAAGUCAACUGAAAAUUUCAAAAGAACUGGGAGAUACUUUGGGAGAGGGAAUAGCGUGUUCGAAUCUUGGUGGUGACUUUGAAUAUAAAGGCCAAGUUUCACAGGCUAUCGGAUACUAUCAACGCAGUAUCACCUUGUUGAAUAAAGUCAGAGAUCGUCUUCAGUUGAACGACGACUGGAAAAUUAGCUUACGCGAUCAAUACCAGACAACAUACGCUGCACUUUGGCGUCUGUUUUUGGCCGAUAACAAAGUUACAGAGGCUUUGUUUUCUGCAGAGCAAGGACGGGCACAAGGUCUAAAAGACCUUAUGGCAUUCAGUUAUGGUUUGCAAGUGAAUGAUCCUGAAUCAGGUCCAGAAAACAGUACGUUUCAAGAACUAUCCAGUCGCAUUCCUCUGAACACAAUAUUUAUGGCGUUUGGAAAGGGCGAAUUAGUUUUCUGGGUUUGUCAGCAAGGUAAAGAGGUUCAAAUAAGAAGACGGCAAAUCAGUUCGCAGGAUGAAGUCAGCGCUUUCUUUGCGUCUCUUGUAAACAUAAUGGGUCAGAAAAUUGGUGCGCGAGAUUUCGUGGAAUGCGAAGAUCGCUCGCUCAAAUUGGUGAGUGAUGCAAGACUGGCUGCUAAAAGUUCGAUUCGUGAUGGUAGGAAAAGCCAUCACAUACACCUUCAAAAAGAUGCUUUGAGUACAUUGUAUGACAUUAUCAUUGAACCUAUUCAAAAUCUCUUAGUUGUGGGAAGUGAACUGAUAUUUGUCCCGGAAGGUCCGCUUUUCUUGGCUCCUUUUGCUGCAUUCAAGGGUCCAAAUUCCAAACACCUCUGUGAGUCAUUCAGAAUUCGCCUGAUUCCAUCUCUCACCAGCUUGAAAAUGAUUGUCGAUUGUCCGGUAAAUCACCACUGUCAGUCUGGCGUGCUUCUUGUUGGUGACCCGUGGGUGCAAGAAGUAGCAGAGUUAGAGCAGUUGCCAUUUGCCAAAGAGGAAGUAGAGAUGAUUGGUGAAAUGCUUGGCUGUACGCCUCUUAUUGGAAGACAAGCCACAAAGGAUGCGGUAUUAAGACGACUCGGUUCGGUUGCUUUGGUUCACAUCGCUGCACAUGGCAGCAUGGAAACAGGCGAAAUUGCCUUGGCGCCAGAUGAUGCUAAGAUGGAUUUCAUUUUGACAAUGAGAGAUGUACUGCGUGUCAAAAUGCGAGCGAGACUGGUUGUACUCAGCUGUUGUCAUAGUGCUCAAGGAGAGAUCAAAGCAGAAGGUGUAGUUGGCAUAGCACGAGCAUUUUUAGGUGCUGGUGCUCGUUCUGUUCUGGUGUCGUUAUGGGCGAUUGACGACAAGGCCACUCUUGAGUUUAUGAAAAAUUUCUAUCAACUUCUUGUGAAAGGAAAAAGUGCCAGUGAAGCCUUAAACCAAACAAUGAACUGCAUGAGAGAAUCUGAGGAAUUUGGUGUAGUCAAGUACUGGGCACCGUUUGUGCUCAUUGGUGAUGACGUCACAUUAGAAUUGUCAGGAUACGAAUAA